UCAUUGUUGUUGUUCUUAUGGCAAGCGGAGGAAAAACGAAAAAAUCGCUUGAAAAACUCUUUAAAAAUCGGCAAAUCUACGAUCCUAUUUACUCCCGCGCAGUUUAAAACAAGUCCCCCUUGAAAUGAGAACAAUCCGGCGCUACUGACGACCCUGCACCGUCACCGCAAUCCUAAUCCCUCUAGAUCGAGGGGCCGAGGGUUAAAACUCUCGAAAAUCAAGUGAAUAGUGCAUUUAAAUGCCAGUGGCAACUAUUUGGAUACUGCAGGCUCAGAGCUGAAAUGAUCUCGCCGGAACAGGAAGAGUCCAGCAUGGUCCUGGAUCGCCAGGUGCGCCAGAAUAUCCAGGACAUGAUGCACGAGGCGCAUGUCCAGGCAAGUCUUCUCGAGAGCGAAGCUGCAGGUCGCGACCACUUCCACUCGGACUCUAGUUUGGACCACGAUUCCCUUCAUGCCGACGACUCCAUGGCUGUUAUGGACACUCUUUCCGCCGACGGCAUUGUGGAGGAGGAUCCGACCACCGAACAGGGCGUCGUGGAUGGCAGCGAGGUCCAGAACUACCACGACAUGUUAGUGGACACGGAGCACCACAUCGACAUCAACGGGUCGCUGCGCAAGCGUCGUGGAAAUCUGCCAAAGCACUCGGUGAAGAUUCUGAAGCGGUGGCUCUACGAGCACCGCUAUAAUGCCUAUCCCAGCGAUGCCGAGAAGUUCACCUUGUCGCAGGAAGCCAAUCUCACAGUGCUCCAGGUAUGCAAUUGGUUCAUCAACGCCCGACGCCGCAUACUGCCAGAGAUGAUACGGCGCGAGGGCAAUGAUCCAUUGCACUUCACGAUCUCGCGGCGCGGCAAGAAAGUCAGCCCGAAUUCUUCAGGAUCUAGUACUAUUGGCUUAAACUUAGCCGGCACGCCAAAUCCCAUAGAUGGCAGUCCCGCCUCCGAAGUGGUCGUUGGUGCCACUGAGGAGGUAGAUGGCGCCGGGGAGAUGCACGAGGGCAUUGCCAAUGUCCUCACCAACUUUGAACAGUAUGUCCAGGGUCCCAACGGUCAGAUCGUCAAGAUGGAGCCCGAUUACGAUGACAGCGUUAUCUACAGUUGGCAGCAAGCCAUAGCAAACAACCCGUCGGGCUUCCAAAGUUUGCACUCCUCGCUGCAAGCAACAAUGAUCGACAAGAUUCAGAACUAUCAGAUGCGCAAGGCGGCAGCUAGCGGAGGAUCAGCGGGAGGCUCCAACGCUGUGAGCUCCGGUUCCAGCUCGAGCUCCUCCGGCUCCUCCAUAUUGCCGUACAGCAUUUUUGGCCAGCUGCCGCCGGAGUUCGAUGACGAGGAGAAGCCAAGACCUCCGAAGCGCGGAAGAAAGCGGCAGGCAACCGGAAAGAAUACUUUCGGUGAGAAGAGCAAGCAGCCAAAGACGCAGUCUGGAAACCAGCAGCAUCAGCAGCAGCAACAGCAGGAGGAGAAGCAGGAGCAGGAGACGGCCACCAUGUAUUGCUAUCAGGACGAAUACGGCGGCUUUGUGGUGGCCCCUAGAUCCGAGGGCGAGGAGAGCGGCCAGGGAUACGAGUCCUGCGAGCAGAACAGCGAAGAGGAGGUGCGCUUCGAGACCUCUGACGACUGGCAGAGCGUGAUGAAAACCGUUUUUACCACCGAGGAGGUUACCACCUCGGCUGGCAACAAUCCAAGUACCUCUAAGGGAUCUGCUACUAAAGGAUCCGCCUACUACAACUCCAACCAGCAGAUUACAAAUCGUGAAGGCAACCAACAGUUGGCGGCCUCCAAUCAUGAGCUUCUGCAGGCCUCUGGAUUCGAUAGCUCUGUGUUGGCUAGCUCCAAUCAGCAGGAAAUUACUGAUAAUCUGCAGGCGGAAGACAUAUUUUCCAUCACUGAUGCGGAAACUGGUCAAACUCAGUCCUCGCCGCCAUCGCAGAGUAUCAGUCGAGAAGAGCGUGACAAGUACAAGUGUCUCUAUUACCUAGUGGAAACUGCCAUGGCUGUUCGCCAAACCGAUGGAAACCAGGACGAGGAGUUCGUUUACAUGGGUGACUAGGAGCCCAAGUAACCAUCGACGCAACAGACCUCGACGAUCCGAGGUACAGAGGAGUGUAUAUAUUUAUAUAUAUUAGUAAUUCGAUUGAACAGCAGUUUAUGCGCGUACUACAGCCAAACUUUAUGCUUAGGCAUUUGUUAUUAUGUUAACCGAGUAGGUUACUAACUUAUUGUACAAAUCAUUAGAACAAUUUCACACCGCAAUUGCUUAGUCAAAUAUGCAUAUCCACCAUGUCAAUUUACGUACAAUUGAGCUGUUUUAAACGGAAAACCCUUUUCAAACUUAUAAAAUGAUUGUGUAAACACUUCCGGUAUUUAAAUAAACCAAACAUCUGUGCAUUUGCCA